GUGGUCCAAUGUUAACAGCCUCGGUUGUCUUGCAAUUGAUCUUCUCUCUUGAGCUUCUUUUGGCUCUACCAUCCAUCCAACAACAAAAACAGGAAUCUUGUACGAAUUCCGGAACACUUAUUGAUUGUGUUCAACCCCUUUGUCAUAUUCCUUCACCAUUGCAGAUCGCGGCGCUCGGAGUUUUCAUCAUUCUUAUGUUCAACAAUGUCCCAAACAUGUACAGACAUGCUCAAAUGGCUCUCAUGACCACUCGUUGGAAAAAUGGCACCGGGCAGAUCAUGCAAAUAGAAAAACCACUUGGCUCCCGAAUGAUUAUCUUCAUCUUGGGUGUAUGGACAGAAGUGGUCACCUUCUCUGCGAUUCUAAUCUCUGGAUCCCUCUUUAUCAUCACCGCAAAGACGGUAGACCUUGUGAUCAGAUCGACGGUCGCGAUCAUGUUUGUUCAGAAUGUGGACGAAGUAGUUUUCGAUGCGUGUUGCCCUCAAGAAAUCACGCAGGAAGUUGGCUCAACAAGGUAUCGGGUGAAGUGGCUAGUCUUGAUUCCUAUGAUGCCGCAAGAUUUAUCGAUCAGCUUGGAGUAUUAUUAUGGAUUGUUUUUUCACCUUCCGUUCGUGUUCAUCAUCACAGUCUGCGUUGUUUUCACGAUUCGAUGGAUUGGCCCAGUUCCUUGCAAUGAUGUGUGGUGGGGUCUGUAGGGCACAUUCAGCGCCCGACACACUUCAACACACUUCAUUCAUGUAAAUACAAGUGAAGAUGCCCGUCAGUUUCGCUACAAACAGAUGCUCAUCAGCUUUUUUUGACCUUUUUGGCUUCGGAACUUCCUUGUGACAUAAAACUGCAACCAGCGG